AUGCCCCGACCCAAACCAGCACCGAUCAAUGAAAUUAACAACAACAAAACACAGAUAAUUUCUACGCCCCAGUCAGUACCCAUGAUGAUCGACAAUCAAAACACAACUGACCCCUGGCCGAACCCUCUUAACAACCUGGUAGUCUCUUCAACCCCGGAAG